AUGUCCAUAGUCAAGGAGUUGUCCACUUUGCCAGCUGAUCUUACCCAUCUUGCCACCAAUUUUGGCAGCUACGUCGACUUGAAUUGCCAGCUCAAGUUUGCCGUGGCCACAAUCGCGUUUAACCCGAUUUUCUGGAACAUUGUUGCCCGUUUUGAAUACAACACUCACUUCCUCACCAAAAUCGCAGGCUCAGCCAAAACUGGUUGCUACCUUUUGGCUAUCACCAUUUUCUCGUUGGGAAUCUACAGAGACCACGUCUACCAUGAUGCCCUUUUGCAGCAACCUACUUUCCAGCCAUUGGUCGAUUCAGUUUUGGUCAAGGCUGCUGCUGUAGCUACAUUUGGUCUUGGUAACAUCUUUGUUCUUACUUCCAUGUAUGCCUUGGGGGUCACAGGAACUUACUUGGGAGACUACUUUGGUAUCUUGAUGAAUGAAAGAGUAACUGGUUUCCCUUUCAACGUGAACGACAAUCCCAUGUAUAACGGGUCCACUCUCUGUUUCUUAGGUACUGCCUUGUGGUACGGUAAGCCAGCUGGUAUUGCUGUCGCUGGCUUCGUUUUCGUCAUGUACAAAAUCGCUCUUUUGUUUGAAGAGCCAUUCACUGCCAAGAUCUACGCUGCUAGAGAUGAACAAAAGAAGAACAACUAA